GUGUUUUUGCAGCCUGGGAACCCUGGUGGCAGGUGCGGGGAGCCAGGACCACUGAUGGGCCUGCAGGGCAAGGGGCUCCGCUUACCUGAGAGGGGUCCGCAAGGUCCAGAAGGGGACUGCGGGAUCGGGGAGGGGGUAUAGGAGGCGUCGAGGCUCCCCGGACAGUGGAUGAGUGUCUGAGCGGGAAGAAGGCUGGAGGACGGCGAGAAGGGCGACCCAAUGGUCUGAUGAGGUGGUCAGCGAGCUGUCAAGCAUAGAGCUGCCAGGACUUGGGGGCUUGUAGCCUGGGAGAGAAGACUCAGACUUGGGCGGGGAUUGGAUCCAAAGAAGACAGGUUGUCGUAGAUUUCUGGUAGGUCCUACUUUAGGACAAGAUGUGGUACCAUUGAAGCGUCAGUCUUUGAUUCACAGACAGUUGAGCUUUUCAGCUGGGAAGCCUUUCCAUUUUUUUUUUUUUUUUUAACGGCUUACUGAACCUAUGAAACCAUGGCAGAAGGAGAGACAGAGUCACCUGGGCCCAAAAAGUGUGGCCCAUAUAUUUCAUCUGUCACUAGCCAGAGUGUGAACUUGAUGAUUCGAGGAGUAGUGCUAUUUUUUAUUGGAGUAUUUCUUGCAUUAGUGUUAAAUUUACUUCAGAUUCAGAGAAAUGUGACGCUCUUUCCACCUGAUGUGAUUGCAAGCAUCUUUUCUUCUGCAUGGUGGGUACCCCCAUGCUGUGGCACGGCUUCAGCUGUGAUUGGGUUAUUAUACCCCUGCAUUGACAGACAUCUAGGAGAACCACAUAAAUUUAAAAGAGAGUGGUCCAGUGUAAUGCGGUGUGUAGCAGUCUUUGUUGGUAUAAAUCAUGCCAGUGCUAAAGUGGAUUUUGAUAACAACAUACAGUUGUCUCUCACACUGGCUGCACUAUCCAUUGGACUGUGGUGGACUUUUGAUAGAUCUAGAAGUGGUUUUGGCCUUGGAGUAGGAAUUGCCUUCUUGGCAACUGUGGUCACUCAACUGCUAGUAUAUAAUGGUGUUUAUCAAUAUACAUCUCCAGAUUUCCUCUAUGUUCGUUCUUGGUUACCAUGUAUAUUUUUUGCUGGAGGCAUAACAAUGGGAAACAUUGGUCGACAACUGGCAAUGUACGAAUGUAAAGUUAUCGCAGAAAAAUCUCAUCAGGAAUGAAGAAGGCAAAAAAUAUCUUUUGUACAGAAAAGCAAGAUGAAAAGGAUGUGAAAUGGUAGAUAUACCAACAAAACUUCAGACUGUAAAAUUGCCAGGAUGCAGUUUUCCCCUUGAUUGGCGUGUGUGUAUAUAUGGAUAAAUAUAUAUAUACACACACACAUAUUACUGCAAUCUGUGAUUGCUUCAUCUGUAAAUCAGUUGCAAACCUUUACAUAUUUGACUUAAAUAACUGUAAGAUAUAUAUGUACUACAUUAAAAAGUGUUGAUUAAUAGAUGAAAUUUUUAAAUUAAUUUUUUAAACAUGCCAUACAUUGUAUCACAAUGUUAAUGUGCCAAGAUAUUGUUCCUGUCAUGCAGAGUAUAAGAAUGCUUUGAACAAUUUGUAGACUUAGUGAAAUAAAAUAAGAGGAAAGCCAAAAACAAACAAACAAAAAGCAUAUGGGGAGCUGGUAUUUUCUCUUUAGCUUACUGUUGUGCCUUUUUAUUUUUCUAAUCACAGCAGUAUGAGUUAUGAGUGCCCUAAUUUGUGGUUAGUUUCUAAUUUAAUGUUGUUUCAUAGAGUUUGGAGUGUUUUGAUACAGGGUGAAAAUGAACUUCUGGUUUCAAACCUGCGUUACUGGAGACAGCCCAAAGAGUAAUUUUCUGUUUUGACAGAUUUUACUGGAAGUAUAUGUGAUGAGCAGAAGAGGUUAUCAGCAUUAAAUUGUUUUGGUUCUAAAUUUGGAACAGUAUAUAUAAUUAAAAGUAAGGACCAUUAGAGGAUUUAAUUAGAAUAAAUACAUGUUCUGGAAAUACAGUGACCUCUUGCAGUGUCACAAAAGUGCAAAGUGAUAUUAGCUGUCAUCUGCAAUACAGAAUCUCAUUGCUUUUGCACAUGGAGCAUAUAGGAAACUCCAAACAGAUCACAAUGAGGUUUCUAAAUCUGUUGGGUUCUGUCUUCUAUUGGGUUCUGUGAAGCAAACCACUGUAGCUUUAGCUGGGUUCAGUCAUAUGACUCAUUGUUGGUGGAAUGCCUAGGUUUUUCAUCUUACAUGCAGCCUUGGGGGUGGAUGAAUACAUAAUUUCUUAUGUAUUCGUGUAUCCAUUAGUGAAUAGUUCAAGUCUGUUUAAGAAUGUAUUGAGAUAGCAUUCUCUGCAUGUUAAAGAUCUUAAUGGCAACCAGCACCUCUUAAGUAUGGUUUAAACAUAUUCUUAGCUAAUUUUUUCCAUUAGUUUUUGAAAUUGAUGGCAGUUGUCUGAUCCACAAGGGCAAGAUCUUCUGAGUACUCUGGGGUGUGAGUAUGUGUGCACACAUGUGUGUGUUGGAGUGAGUGAGAGAAUGUGUCUGUGCAUGUGGCCAUGCUUUCCUAGAAUAUCAAGUAGAUAUUUUUACACUUUGAGUUUUAAAGCAAUUACUAUCAGACUGAGAUCUUGUAUGCCAAACUUUAAUCUGCUUUUAUGUUUUCAGGCUGAAGGUGUGAAAAUCCUAAGAGGAUUUCAUAUUGAAUAUGUGUACACAAUCUUAACUAUCGUGGUGGAAAACAUACUACUAUAAUUUAUUAUUAUAUCUUCCAGAUAAUGUUAUUCAUUUAGAACAAAUAAGGUAUAUUUUUUAGAAUCAACUUUGUAAGCACUAUAAAAUCUUUAAUAAGUUAUAAGGUCUAUGAUGUGUUUACUUUAAAAAUUGCUGUUAAAAGCAACACGUAUUAAAUAUGUAAUUAUCAUCUGG